AUGCAGAUGUGCUCAAACAAGCUGGGUGUAGUGACCAAUGGCCUGGUGGUGCCUGUACUCCGCAGCGUGGAAGGCAUGAGCUACCUGGACAUCGAGAAAGGCAUCGAGGCGCUCGGAGCCAAGGCCAAGGACGGCUCGCUGGCUGUGGAGGACAUGGACGGCGGCACGUUCACCAUCAGCAACGGCGGCGUGUUCGGCUCCAUGUUCGGCACGCCCAUCAUCAACCCUCCGCAGGCGGCCAUCCUCGGCAUGCACGGCAUCUUCCAGCGGCCGGUCGCGAUUGACGGCAAGGUGGAGAUCCGUCCGAUGAUGUACGUGGCGCUGACGUACGACCACCGACUGAUCGACGGCAGGGAGGCGGUCACCUUCCUGCGCCACAUCAAGGCGGCCGUCGAGGACCCGCGCGUUCUGCUGCUCGGCCUCUAGACGAGCGGCGGUAUCUCCCCCAGGCGGGCUCGCAGGCGGGCCCCUGACGCUUGGCCCCGCCGCCUCCAAGGACGGCGAGCCGGCCGCGGGCCCGCUGCUAGACAGGCGUAGGUGCAAUGGGUGUGCCGCGUGCGGUGGCCCGGCACGUGUGACUGCGACCGGCCCGUUGCGGCGUGGGACGUGGCGCUUGCCUCGACUCAGCAAGGCCACCACACCGACCUCGGCCGGCGUCGCGACCGCAGCGCGCGCCACCACCGGCUCUCUCGGGAAUAUCGUC